AUGGGGGGCAAGCGAGUACCAACGGCCCUGGACCUCCUAGAUAAGAGCACCAAUGGGGACAUCUGGGUGCUCACCUGGGCAGCACCAGCUCCUGCUAACCCUAUUUUCGCCAUGUCUGCUCUGGGCUUGGGGCUGGAGAAAGAAGGGACCCAGGUGGAGGGUCUGGAGUUGUCUCACUGUGUAGGGGCCAACGCGCUGUGCCCUGCUGUGCCUUGGAGGUCCGGGGGGCCCUGCAAGAUGAAGAGGGUCCGCACCGUCUUCAAACCAGAGCAGCUGGAGCGGCUGGAGCAAGAGUUCCUCAAGCAGCAGUACAUGGUGGGCACGGAGCGAGUAGACCUGGCUGCAACUCUGCAUCUCACAGAGACUCAGGUGAAAGUCUGGUUCCAGAACCGGAGGAUCAAAUGGAGGAAGCAGAGCAUGGAGCAGAAGGCGGCAAAGCUGUCACAGUUCAGGGUGAUACAGCCUGCCACCGCGGACUCGACGGACAUCAAGGACCACGAGGAGGACACCGUGGACGUUGAGCUUUGA